UGACGAAUGCCGCAUGAACAACGCCGGGUGUGACCAUGUGUGCAGAAACACAGUUGGCAGCUUUGAAUGCAGCUGCAAGAAAGGAUACAAACUUCUGACCAAUGAGAGGACGUGCCAAGAUAUAGAUGAGUGUUCAUUUGACCGGGCAUGUGACCACACAUGUGUGAACUCACCUGGAAGUUUCCAGUGCUACUGCCACAAAGGUUACGUCAUCUACGGCGUGGCUCACUGUGGAGAUAUUGAUGAGUGCAGCAUUAAUCGGGGUGGCUGUAAAUUUGGAUGCGUGAACACUCUGGGCAGUUACGAGUGUACCUGCGCUCCUGGUUACAAACUGCACUGGAACAGGAAGGACUGUGUCGAGAUCGUGAAAUGUACAUCCAGUCUGGUGGCCCCCAAAGCCACCCUUACUUGCAGUAAGAUGGGGAAAAAAGAGAGCUGCUCUCUCACGUGUGCAUCCAAAGCACAUUACCUAUCAGAAUCAGACAACAGCUAUUCUGUCAGCUGUGGAAUACCCAUUCUACGAGGUAAAUCUCAGAGCAGAUUAAAUGCAAGCAGCAUCCAGAGCUGCAUAGAGACUCAGGCUCCUCCAGUGAAGCAGACGGCGUCCUUCCGGAUCAAGAAUGCCAAAUGCCACCUGCACCCGAAGCAUAAGGGGAGGGCAGAGGACAACGGCAGACAGAUCGGGCCAGGUGGCCAACCGUGCAAUAACUGCCUGGUCACGUUCGUUAACCUGAAGUGCGACUCGUCUAAGAAGGCCAAAGGUCGUCGGGCACGUAACCCAUCAAGCAAAGAGGUCACGCGCAUCACUCUGGAGCUGGAGGCUGAGGUCAAGCCAGGAGACGCCACUGGGAACUGUAACAUGAUGUGUCAAAGGCAGCGCAUGGAGCAGCAGAUGAAGUCGUACAUUAAAGCCCUGAAAAAAUCCAUUAACCAGGAGCGUUUCCUCAUCCGUGUGGCUGGAUUGGAGUACGAGGUGGCACAGAAGAUCCCACAAGCUGGACUGAGGCAGGAGAACUGUGGACCGGGCCGAGAAAAAGACAGCGGCCGCUGUGUCAGAUGUUUGCCUGGGUCUUACUACCAUGGUGAGCAGGAACGCUGCGCCCAGUGCCCACCUGGAACAUUCCAGGAACGUGAAGGUCAGCUGGCCUGUGACCUUUGUCCUGGAGGAGACCGCCAUGGCCCAGUAGGGGCCCGCAACAUCACGUCAUGUGCAGGUCAAUGUCCGCCUGGUUAUUUCUCCAGCGACGGGUUCAAGCCCUGUCAGCUGUGCCCCGUGGGAACGUACCAGCCCGACCCAGGACGAACACUCUGUUUCCCCUGUGGAGGUGGGCUCGGUACCAAAAGAGAGGGCGCCAGCUCCUUUAAUGACUGUGAGGUCAAAGUGUUGUGUUCUCCAGGUCACUAUUAUAACACCUCAGUUCAUCGUUGCAUCCGCUGUCCUCAUGGAACCUACCAGGCUGAGUUCAGACAGAACUACUGCAUUUCCUGUCCUGGAAACACCACCACAGACUUCGACGGGGCCAUCAGUGUGUCUCAAUGCAAGAAUCGGGAAUGUGGGGGUGAAAUAGGCGAGUUCAUCGGGUACAUCGAGUCCCCCAACUAUCCAGGAAACUACCCAGCCAAUGUAGAGUGUAUCUGGACGAUCAACCCUCCACACAAACGCAAGAUUCUGAUCGUGGUUCCGGAGAUCUUCCUCCCGUCUGAGGAUGAGUGUGGAGAUGUCCUAGUAAUGAGGAAGAAUGGGUCAGCGACCUCUAUCACCACUUAUGAAACAUGUCAGACGUAUGAGAGACCGAUUGCAUUUACAGCCCGAUCGCGCCGCCUCUGGAUCAACUUCAAAUCCAACGAUGUAAACAGCGCUCGCGGAUUCCAGAUUCCAUACGUCACUUACGAUGAAGACUAUGAGCAACUGGUUGAAGACAUUGUAAGAGAUGGAAGACUUUACGCCUCUGAAAACCAUCAAGAAAUACUUAAGGAUAAAAAACUGAUUAAAACUCUGUUCGACGUGCUGGCUCACCCAAACAAUUACUACAAGUACUCAACUCGGGACUCCACAGAGAUGCUCCCGCGUUCCUUCAUACGCCUCAUUCACAGCAAAGUCUCCGCCUUCCUGCGUCCGUACAAAUAGUCAAAAGCGCCAUCUGCCUCCACACACCUCCUGUCACCUGGCCUCGAGUCAACGGGAUCCUACACACACAUUUAAAGGAAAUAUACACACACACACAUUUUCAACAGCACACACACAAUCACACUA